AUGGUCCUGAUCAAGAAGCUCUUCUUGCUUUUUGCAACCUUCACAUCGGUCAUUGCGCUACCAAACCCAGUGCAAAACCUCCCAUCGGAGAACGAUAUCAGCGUGGCCGGACUUGAGGUCCAUGAAGUCCGGGAUGUGAGCGCCUUGGAACAGCGCGCUCUGGGCCCAAUGACGCUGCAGUGGUCUCCCCAAGGCCGGUUUCUUUUCAUGGCAGGACUUCAACUUCAACAGGGAAUCUAUGAUGCUUUCUUCUCCAGCAGCGUCGGUAUAAAUGGGCUGGGGAGAGUCAUGUUGCGAAACUUCAGGGAUUACCUUGAGCAGCAGAUUGCAUUCGAGCGAGUCAGCCUCUUAGCAUGGGAUUUUGUCCAUAAAGCUCUCGAGGGAGGCAUUGUGGAUGCCACCCCAUUCAGCAACAACGGCUACGACGUCGGCUUUGCCAUAUUCGCAAAGGAAGGGAAAACUCCAACGGAAGAGGUGAUUAAUGCAGUGAUUACGAUCAUCAGACGCUGGGCUGAGGCAAACUCCGGCUCAUUGACCGUCACCCAAGCCGCCAACGGGUUCAUUGACCCCCAGAAGGUUGGGGCCACACCAGUCACCAAGCGCGGCCGCGUUGCGACUUGUCCCUCCGGCAUCAAUCUCUUGAAGUAUGCGAAGAGAGCAGUGUCGGAUAUUAAUCCUAACAAGGAUCUUCGCUGGUCUGGACACUGCCCUUAG